UUCCGUAUGUGUUUACAAAGAUAAAAGAAUGGAAAAAUAGCAUAUUCGAGAAAUAUCAAAGAAUAUUGCAUUUUCCCAAAACUCAUUAAAAUGUAUGUAUACAUACAUAGAAACAAAUGCAGCCGCUGGUAACAAGACAAAGAAAAACAGGUGUACACAAAGACAUAGUGUAGAACAGAAAGCGACUCGACUCGCCGACUUGUUGAAAGAGAGAGGAGACAGAUACACUGAGAGAACGAAUCUAUUCACUACUGUUUCUUCUUCUUCUUCCUUCUUAUUCAUCUUCUUCUCUGACUCUCUCCAGUCAGAUCCAGUGCCUAUCAGUCAACAUGAUUAAAGAGAGAGAGCAACAUCCUAAUAAGGAGAAAAAGCUCCUGGUCAGCCUCAUAUGGAACUUCUCCACGGAGCUCAAGCUCAUCUUCAUGGCCUUACUUGUUAUCUUCACUUUAGCCACUCUCCUACCUUUCAUACCUUCUUCCUUCUCACUCUCCGCCUCCAACUUCCGCUUCUGCAUCUCACGCUUCUCCUCCGCCGUCCCCGUCAACACCACCACAACCACAACAAAACUCUCACCCGAGAACACAACAACGACGGACCUAGUAGACAGAGUUUUAGAUAACGGCGUUAUUAAACGGACGUUUACUGGUUACGGCUCUGCAGCUUACAACUUCGUCUCAAUGAGCGCUUACAGAGGCGGCGUCAACACCUUCGCCGUUAUCGGCUUAUCGUCAAAACCUCUCCACGUGUACGGCCACCCUUCCUACCGCUGCGAGUGGGUCCCUCUCGACCCGACUCAAGACCCGGUUUCUACAGACGGGUUUAAAAUCUUAACCGACUGGGGAUACGGACGGAUCUACACAACCGUCGUCGUCAACUGCACUUUCCCAUCAACCACCGUCGUCGGCGGAAACCUCAUCCUCCACGCAACCACCGGAGAUCCAGACAAGAACGUUACCGACUCAAUCCCUGUCCUCACGGAACCACCAAACUCCGUCGACUUGAACCUCUACAACUCAACCAAGAAGAAGUACGACUACCUCUACUGCGGCUCGUCUCUCUACGGGAACCUAAGCCCACAACGAGUAAGAGAAUGGAUCGCUUACCACGUGAGGUUCUUCGGAGAACGGUCGCAUUUCGUGCUCCACGACGCCGGUGGGAUACACGAGGAAGUGUUCGAGGUUCUAAGGCCGUGGAUUGAGCUAGGGAGAGUCACGUUGCAUGAUAUCAGGGAGCAAGAAUGGUUCGAUGGGUAUUAUCAUAAUCAGUUCAUGGUUGUGAAUGAUUGUUUGCAUAGGUAUAGGUUCGCGGCGAAGUGGAUGUUCUUCUUUGAUGUUGAUGAGUUUAUUUAUGUUCCGGAGAAGGAGACAAUUACCUCGGUGAUGGAAUCUUUGGAGGAGUAUUCUCAGUUUACUAUUGAGCAGAUGCCGAUGAGUAGUAAGAUUUGUUACUCUGGUGACGGUCCGGCGAGAACUUACAGGAACUGGGGAUUUGAGAAAAUGGCAUAUAGAGACGUGAAGAAAGUUCCAAGACGUGACCGGAAAUACGCGGUCCAGCCGAGUAAUGUAUUUGCAACAGGUGUUCACAUGUCUCAGAAUCUACAAGGCAAAACAUACCACAAGGCUGAGAGCAAGAUCCGUUACUUCCACUACCAUGGAUCCAUCUCUCAGCGCCGUGAGCCUUGCCGUCAUCUUUUCAAUGACUCUCGAGUUGUUUUCGAGAACAAUCCUUACGUACUUGACACUACGAUCCGCGACGUUGGCCUCGCCGUCAAGACUUUUGAGAUGAGAACGAUCGGUGAUCGGUUGCUUAGGACACGGCAAUGAUAUUAAAGAAAAAAUGAAUUGUGAAUGUAUUCGUCUUUAGGAGCUUAACCAAGAUGGGGCAGAUGUUUACUUUUGUGUUUUCUUUUGGGGUAUUCUUUUAUUAUAUUGUAUCAUAACUUGGGUAUGGUUCAUAAAUACAGAUUAAACACUUAGUAUAUAUAUUCGAUACAACAUAUGAAUAUAUAUAGUCGUGCAC